UCAGUAGCGCUGCUGUCAGGUUUUCCACUUGCAUGAGUUAACUGAACACGUUUUCGGUAUAUUUUUAGCUUAAAUACAAUUCCAACUUCAAAUAAGAAUACUUUCGAAAAUAGUCGACGACAAAUUAACGAUUUAGCAGACAACAAGUUCUAGAUUUUGAACUUUUUUAUCCCAGCCGACAACAGCGGAUCAAAUCAAGUUGAUCCUUCGGUCGAAGCAUAACCUCAAAAAACUUUUGAGUGGAAGUUCAAUCAUUGUUGUUUUUUUUUUAAUUCGUUUAAUUUUGUUUAGUAAUUAUAGCGAUGUUGAAUGCAGAUUUUACAAGCAUACCCCUUGCUAAAUUGGAGCCUGAAAAUGUGUAUUCCAAACCAACUGAAAUGAUCAUUUCUGGCCUCACGCACUACUUGGAGCCUCCUUUGAAAGAUGCUAAACAACAGCUGUGCGAAUUAGUAAACAAGCAAAGAGAACUGGUUUCACAACUGCACAAUGAAAACAUGAGCAUAUCAGAAGUUCAACAAUCCACAGAGUUACAGGAUGUGUUCACCGAAAUGAAGCAGUACCAUACGAAGCUGCUGACCAUUAAAAGAGACAUGAGAUUGUUGCAUAGCAGAUGCCAGAAGCUGAAGAGGCGGGCCCUAAAGUUGAAAGAUUCCAAACCGGAAGAGGAAAUAAUCAUCAGCAAGCCUGUGCAGCUGACUAACCAUGGAUCCUCACAGUCUCCUAACAGUUAAAGUAGUUUUAUUGGAAUAUAAAUAUAGGUGUGAUUGAGCGGAGGAAUUUAUCAAGAAGUUUCUAAACGUUAUUAAUUUUCUUAAUCUUAAUUAAUUUUCUUAAAUAUUAAUUUAUAAUAAUAAUCUUCUCGUUAAUAGAGAAGGCAGAGUAAUUGGUAAUAAAUCACUGAAUUAAUUGAUAACACUUUAGGGAAAGUGUGGUUAUGUGAAAGUUAUUUUUAUUAACAAGGAAUAUUUACAUAGCCA